ACUUAAUUGCUGUUAGUUGACUAGUUAUACGAUUAGUCGACUGGAUAUAAGAACUUGAUACUAGUAAAGACAGAAUUUAAGAUGCAGAAUUUAAAUGCAUGAAUUAAAAACACCAGAGUUUUUAUACUGGUUCGGAUUCAAUGUGAAUCCUAGUCCAGUCCCCUUGGGUUGCAAAGGAGUACCUUUUCAUGAAUGAGUUUCUUCGAGAGUACAGAGAAUGGUGUGAUCUACACCGAUCGCUUAGACCUUAUUUCACUCGUUUCUUUUUUAUACAAUGCCUCACCAGUGUUGUUCUCUCUUUCUUCUCUAACUUGUAACACAACAGAUCUAGUAGAGCUACAAUGUUUGUUUAUAGUAGAAUAAAGAGAGGGUAUUUUGGUUCGAUCAAAGUAUAUCGUUCUAGAGUACAGUUACAGGUUUAAAUACUUUGAGAGAGGCUUGGUUUCUACAUAGAUUUGUCAACCCAAGAAAUUUGAUCCUUGGAGAGAAAUUGAUUCUUUCCAAGAAGAAGGUCAUACAACAACGAUUAUGAUUACGAGAUCCUUAAUUGAUGUUCCAUAUAUGCUUCCCAAGAUCUUGCACCUUCCGGAUUGGGUACGCUUGACUUGAUUGAUUCCUUAAGAUUACGCUUGAUUGAUUCCGUCUUAAUCCAGGAUUGCUUCUCUUGAUUCCUUCCAUCUCGUAGUUGUCCAUUGAUUUCGUGAUUUUUGCUAAUCUCGGAUUGCUUUCCUUAAGUUCCCCGAUUAAUUGCUUCCAUCUCGUAGUUGCUCCUUGAUUCCUUGAUCUUCUCUAAUUGAUUCCUUCAAUUGCUAUCCAUGAGUUCCUGCACAGAUAUAUUAUUUGCAUCAUUAAAAUCAAAUAUAGCAAUCUCCCCCUUUUUGAUGAUGACAAAAUAAUAUAUAUGUAUAAACAACAGUUGACUUCCCUAUGUUUACUUCCCCUCAAUGUAUGCAGUUGACUGGUCCAUGGUUAUAGAUGUUGCAGUCGACUCCUGCUGCAGAGGAUGCUAACGUAUACUUACCCUUUAGUCGACUAACUUUCUAUACCUGUGUAGAUAUACUUGUGUAGAUACAUACAUAUAUCCUUCUCCCCCUUUUUGGCAUCAACAAAGAGGGAACUAAAACAUGAACUAGAAUAAGUUAUAUAGCAUUGUGCAGCAGAGUUAUAGUCCUAAAAACAACCAGAACAAAACAAGAAAUAGAAAUUGUCCAACGGCUGAUUUAACAGUCCAAAAAUAACACAUCAAAAAAAUUGUCUUAAGCAACCACAUUAACGAUGCAGAAAGUAGGUAAGAGUAUUGCAGAUGGACUCCUUCAGUUGUUCAAAGCUGGCAUGGCUGAGAUGCUCGUUCCAUAAAACCUGUCAUGAAUCUCCUUGAAAGACUUGACAGCGUUCUCCCUUACUCUGAGAACGACAACUCUUAUCUUGGACACAUCAGACCCUUUUUCUUUGGAGAUGGCAUGAAUGUCACCAACAAUUGACUGAGUGGUUGUGAGGAGAUCUUUAAUUUCAGAGACUUGAAUGUCAAUGACCCAAAACUUCUCACCAAGAUCAGGAUCACCAGGAUUAGGAUGAGCGACAGAAGGUUUGGGUUUGGGAUCUAUUGGAGCAUGCUUUACAUCACCUUCGUUCUUCUUAACCCAUGAUCCUUUCACACUCACAUAUCCCAUACUAACAAAGGCUCUAGAAUUGUAAGAUUUUGAAACACUGAUAAAGGGAUAAGCAAACAGGGAAAUUUGAUGAGCUUUCAGUAUGUGAGUGAUGGCCAUAUUGUUUACCAUGAAAAUGAUAAUAACAAUUAAAUUUGUUGAUGGGACUCUAAAAAUACGUGACCUAUUUUUAUGCUAGUUGUUAAGCAGUUGAUGCUAGGUAUGUCAAGUUUAAAAGACGAAACGCAAACUAAAGUAGAGUUAUAACCAAACCGGGGAGUUGGCUAUUCAGGCCUCGGACUGACUGAUGAGGGGCCUCGAGGUCGAUGUCUGGGCUCGGGCUCGAGAUAUUGGGGAUAAUUGGGAAAUGGCUAACAGUUAGGAUAUGAUUAAGGGAGGCUCUUUAUGGCCAACGACAAGCAAUAAAUGAAGAACCAGUAUGAAGUCAACAAAUAAGCGCAAUAAUAUCGAAGAAAUAUGUUAAGAGAGAAAAGAGAGAGAGAGAGAGAGAGUUGUUAUUUAUCUUAUGUAUAAUAGUUGGAGCAACAACAACCCUUUACAAAAUGGCAAUGAUCUCCUUUAUAUAGGAGGGGAAUCCCAACAUAGUACAAAAUGCAUUAAUUAUAAAGGUAUGGAGAUGGGACGGCUAGACGUGACACCACGCUCUGCCAGUGCUAUCUGCUCGCCUUAGGAACUCCCCAUCGCCGACAUCGCCGUUGGGUCAGGCGUAAAUGGACAUCGAAGGAGAGAACUCGACCACAACCUCGCAGCCUCGAGAUGACUUCCCGAAACACCUUAAUGACAAGGAAUUGGACCCUCCGAUUUCACCGUAUACAGAUAGUCUCCGCAUUUACUGGAACGAAGUAAUAGGAAACAAUUUUGAGUCGUCGUUCCGAGGGCAUCAUUGCCAUGACGUCAACCUAUAAGAGCAUUAAAUGCCAUUCCCCAGAAAACCGUGCAAGGGUCGCCAUCAAAUGCGAUUAUUGAGGAACCCACGAAAUGAUAUUGGCUCAUCAUUUCCGCUUCCCAAGCGAUUUCUAUAAAUAUAUCGACUAUUUGACAAUCCUUAUCUUCGUUGCGUCUUCAAAUUCACGAGUCCAUACCCAUCUUCUUGUACACUCUUCUAUCUCGCUUUCUGAGAGGAAACUUUACCAUUGCUAUGGCAGGACUUCUAGAACGAUUCUCGGCGGAAUGAAGCUGUAUCUUCAUCUCAUUCGUCUAAGGAGAAAGCCAAUGCGAUAACCACCUUGGAACCGUGCACUCCUUCCAAGCUUGAUAUGUCAAAAGAUUUUACCGUUGAUAUCACUUUAUCCAUGUCGGGCCGAUGUGAACAUGUGUCCCGAUACAUUAGUGUCGUGACCAACAUAAAAGUGGUAAGGAUAGACUGCUAAUGGAGCGAGACAGUUGAGGUGGAAAUUCCCGGCCCUGAUGAAAAUAUAACGGACUAUAAGGUCGGCUUCCUUCAUGCGUAUACCUAACCGUUCACCUUGGGUCCUGCUGAUUCCUCUGAAUCCUCCCCCCCGGAAAUAGAUCCGGUUAUCCUUGAUUUUUGUGACAAAUAUCAAGUGACGCUCAGUCAGAUCUAUCCUUCUGUUUGGAGGAUAGUAUUGAUGGUCCAUCAUUUUACUGAAAGGGUUAUGGGCGAGACUUUUACCCUCAACCAUUUGAUUAGGUUGUACAUCCCUCAAUUUUAUCGAGGUUUGAUCAGGCUCCAUAAUCGAUCCAGAAAAUCAUUUUUCUUGAGCACAGACGAGGGGAAGGAUCGGGGGUGGAUAAGUAGGUUCAUUCGAAUAAGGGCCUCGGACAUCAUUCCAUCCCUGAGGAUGCCUUUCCCAGAGAAAUGGAACACACAGCGUAAGCGGUUUUCCCUUAACCAUUUUUUAUAAAUUUCUUCCCUUUCCCCCGAAAUAAUGACUUCUUUGCCGUUUCACGCAACCAUCGUUUGGUACCCCAAGGCGAUUUCUGAUUUACUGGGGUGGAUCAAAUGAUUAGACACUGCGUUCCCGUACCAUGUCCGGUCUUGGACCGACCUGGACAAGGAGAGAUGGGUGUCCAAGAAUCAUGGUAAAGCUUCUGUGCCAUCUAUAUCUUAGAUUUGCAUUUCUCCCCGCGUCCCUUGCACUGAAAAAUUGUGAUUAUCGCGCUUGUGCAGGCCUCAGUGAGAAUAUGGAGAUGAGGCCACCCCCUGGUAGUGAAACGAAGGCUUUGGAGCCCGGCAAAGGGCAAGAAGAGGGAAGGUAAGGCGGCUGCUGAUCCUCCUAUGGCAAAGAAACCCAGAUCACUCGAGCAUCAAAUCGCUACUAGGACCUCUGCUUCAACUUUAGGGGAAAAUCCCGGCAUUGAGGAUGAGGAUGACAAUGAAUGCCAGUUAGCAUGGAGGACAAGGUCGAGUGCGGGAGCCUCGUAGGUGCCUCGAACGGAGGCUAAUGAGUUUGGAACGACUGACUUAGGUCGGUCCCAUAGACCGAAGACCCUUGAGGAGGGUGUUAACGUGACCUAGGAUCGCAUGAUCGGGUUUGGCGUAGUUUCCGUUAGAGGGACCGUUGCUAUCGAUCCUGAAGAAUCGGGGCCCAGAGCUUUUCAGGAGCAGGGGUUGCCUCUUGGGGAAAUAGGUGACAUGAUUUUCAUCUCAUGCUUUCAGGUCUCGUCAGGGGAACUGAGGGACUCUCCAAAAGCGAACGCCGUCAAAGUGGGGAUUCCUCUCAAAGUGGGAGGCUCACUUGCCAACAUCUUUGAUGGUAUUAGCGAUAGCGUAGGUCUUGACGUUCCUGCCGCCGUCAAAGAGGCGGAGAGAUUCAUGUCGUAGGUGAUAUCUAUCUUUCGUAUAUUUCUUUUAGUCUUGGGCAUCAUUCUUCAUUUUUCUAACUCUUCCGCUAUGUCACAGUGCAAGGAUAUGUAUGAUCAUGCCUUCUUUCGGCUCCGCGAGGAGCUUUCUUAUCGUGAAAAGGAGUGUAAGAAGCUUACCUCGAACCUGCAGGAUUCAGAGGCUCACUCUGCCCGAGGAGAGAAAGAAUUAGGAGAGCUUCGAGCUACUUUGGAGAGAGCGUUCCGGGAAAAGGCUGAUCUCGCUGCGCAGGUCGAGCAAAAUGAUUCUCAGAUCCUCGGGAUGAGGAAGAAAAGCGAGAUAGCGACUGCGGAGUUGGCGACAUCCCAUGAUCUUCACAAGAAUGCUCGGAUGGAGAUUGCUGCCUUGGCCGCGGCCAAGUCCGAGAUUGAAAGAAAUGCUGCCACUUAUUUGGAUGAUGCAGCCACGACACAUAAAAUAUCUUGUGAUGUAUCGAUAGUAACUAUGUAGAAGCUGGCCCAGGCUAUUAAACAUGUUAAGACGGAGGCGAGGAGAGAAACCCUGGAAGAGAUCGGAGCCAGGGGCGUCGAUCUGUCAGUUGAUCUCGAGGAGGCCCGUGAAUUGGAGAGAGAAUUGGCGCUUUUAAUUGCCUCAGAUGAAGGCAAAGAUAGCGGUGAUGAAGAGUAGUCCCCACGUUAUUUUGCAUCCUUUCUUUUUCCUUUUAUAUGCAAUCCCCGGGGGAUGGAUCUUGUAAAGAUGUCUCUUGUGGAUACGUUUUUGGCAAUAUAAAAAAGGGACUUUUCUUC